GUGAAUGUGGUGAAAGCAUUGUAUCGGGAAGCUUAGUAAAACUGACCUCGGAUGGAACUUGCUGCAAGAUCUCUGUAAGUUUGUCUUUAUUUAGUGUAUUGUUGCGGUGUUUAUAACGUGGUUGAUUAGCAACUGUGAGGAUGGUGGUUGAAAUUUGUUCACUCGAAACUUUAAGGUAAACCAUACAAUGAGAAUUCGUAGCUUCCUUCUCUCUCAACUGAUCUGAAAAUAAUUAUUGACAAUGCCAUUUUUGACCACUUCAGUAGGUUUCUUUUCAUUGAACUAGCAAAUUUCUGAUCCUGCUAUUGUACUUCCCCAGAUCCUGGUUUAUUUUGUAUUUACGCUUUGUUUGUCUUAAAUGAUUCGUGUUUCCAACUGAGUUCAUUCUGGUCUUAAGCCUGAUCGUCGUAUGCACAAUGAAAUAGCAUGGGCGACUGUGAUUUCAUGUUAGAGGAAUCCCAAUCCUCAUACGCCUAUUAAGUAGAAAACCAUCAAAAGGGAAACCACAACACACCUUAGUUCCUGCGACCUUUUUUAAGAAAAACAUUAGUGGUGACGUUUCAGUUUGACGCCAGACUCAGUGUCAAAUGAUACUAAGAACACUCUAAUUUCAGUCUGCAACGACGAUGAUCAAAAUCUCAGGUACUGACAUUAUGCAUAGGGAUAACCUAAUAGCCUGUUAUAUAGUAUAAAUUAGGCAGGAAUUCUCAGGUCUUUGGCAGCUAGGCUAGGCUUAAGGCUCUUAGUAAGAGUACCCUUUCACCCUUUUUUUUUUCCCCCCCCCCAGGUUCUGGAGAGGUUUGCCAGUUCGACUUACUUUUGGAUCAAUCAAAUUAGGCACCUAAGGUUACAGAGCUGACCUCUAAGGUUCGGCCUUCUCUUUCAAAGAACUUUGCCGGCAUCACUGAGCAAUUUCCUAUCAAAUUGUCAGCCUGCAUUGUCCUCUCCAAAAGUGAUGGCGGAUUUGGACAUUUGAUUAAUAAAUUUUUUCUUUCAUUUCCUUGCUUUUUCUAAUAUGUGUUUCAAACCUGUUAGAGCAAGUACAACAAUAUUUCAGUUAAUGCCUUAUGAAUAUAAUAAAAAGUAGUUUCCUAGUGAUUUAGGACAUCAUUUUGAUGUAUGAACUCCAACAACAUGCCCUAUAAUUGUGUCUUAUUAUUAUAUUAAUAAUUUAUUUGAAUUAGUAUUGGAGGGAAGUGAAAAAUUAAGAGAGGGAUACAUCAAUUUAGGACGUUGUUGGACUUGCUCUUGACACAAUAAAAUUAAAAGCAUUUUGAAUGUGAUAAGAAUUACAUAAAAUUUGCUGAACGUGUGAGACAUCAUGUUGACUACAUUAAUCGACUAUUUAUUAGAAAUAGUAUGUCCCAUUUUCUUUUGACCUACCUAUAUAACCUUUAUACAGUAGCUCAAAAUUGUCCUGGGAAGGUCCUUUUUCGAACCACGGAAACCUAUAUUGUUGUACAAUUUCGAUGAAGUUCCUCUCUCAAGGUAACAAUUCUCCAUAAUAAUGUAUAUAGGUUCAUUUUUACAAAAUGAAUCCAUUUGCUAUUUCACAUGUUCAUGGAAUUCUCCAGAAAAUUUGAUACCGCGGGACUUGUCGUUUUCGUGGGCAGGGGCGCAUGCAACUUGUUUGAGGACCUACUGCAAGAUGUUCUUGCUAAGACAUAGAAAUCCAGAUCUGAGCCUUUUCAAAUACUCUAGUUUCAGGAACCACAGGAAUUUGUAGUUUCCCAACUUUGUUAUUUUAGGUGAAAUUAUAUUGUUUUUAUAAAAGAUGAAGUUGUCUACUUGUAAACAAGUCCUACAUACAGAUUGAAAGCUGCCAGCGUGGUAUGCUCAACAUAUGGAUCACAGACAUGAAAGGACGCACUUAUGCACAUUUAUAGAAAGUAAAGAAUAUUUGAGGGAUUGUUACCUGCAAAAUAUACAGUUCAGUAUUACUGCAUAUGCUAACUACUCACUCUUCAUCUUAGCUCUUUAAUAUUUGUAGUUCCUUGACAUUUAUAAAUUCACAAGCAUGACUAAAUGGUUAGUUGGGUACAAGUUCUAAGUAUUUCUUGCAGAGUUGGUCUGAAAUUUCCUACUGUUGAAGUGAGGUACAAUAAUCUGCAUGUGGAAGCAGAGUGCGAAGUAGUUAGUGGCAAGCCCCUGCCGACUCUCUGGAACUCCCUGCAAAGAAUGAUCUUUGAUAUUGCCAAGAUUGGUGGAUUGAAGUCUAGAAAGGCCAAAAUAAGCAUCAUCAAUGAAGUCAGUGGUAUCAUCAAGCCUGGAAGAAUGACUUUACUGCUUGGCCCUCCAGGAUGUGGGAAGACUUCUUUCCGUAAAUCACUUUCUGGAAACCUAGAUAAAUCUUUAAAGGAUGUGAUUUUUGGCAAGAGUCUCCCUGGCUAUGAAUUCACAUUCGCAGCAGCCGAUGAUUAAUUGGUCAAGCUCAGGUUUUUAUAUAAGAGGCCUGAUCUUACAAUAGUAUUUCUUCGCAGCAGCUGAUGCUUCAUCUCUUCACUCUCUCUCUACAAAUCAGAUGGCAUCUAAGAAAGAAAAGGUAUCUUCCCUAUCUCUAAGCCUCUUCCAGCACUAGGUUAACAUUUCCGCCUCUGGGCAACUUGAUUCUCUGAAGCUUGCCUUUUAGUUAUGAGAAUAAAUGAUCACUUAGAAUGAUAAUCCAAUCAGGCUCACCAUGGCACUGUAUUGAUUCAGUAUCUUGGACUAUGGGUAUUGUGAACUCAAUCUUCAAAUCUUCAAAUCUUCGAACAUGAUAUUCGGUAAAACUGAACAGUUUUCGGUCGCACAAGGAACAAUCUCAGGUUACGUGAUGUUUAAUUCUUUGUAGGAGAAAAAGUGUUUAUGGAUAUGAGAAAAUUCUGGGGCAACAACUUAGGUAUUGAUUCUUAUCUGUGUAUUCAAAGUGUUUGUUUUGUAGGCAUACAUAUUUUGAUCACUAUUUGAUACUCACUAGAUGGUGAUUCUUCCCGGAGAAGCAAUACUGGAUAAUGAUCUCUUUGUUGUCAUUGGUUUGAUUUUGAACUAAUCCCAUAUUUUCAUUUAAACUCUAUUUUUCUUUACUAUCUCUUUAUCAGUCUAUAAUUAUAUACAUUUUUGUGUUUGUUUAUAUUAACAAUGUUUUGUAUGUUUUUGUUAUGAUAUAGGCUCUAUAAUGAUGAAAAGGUAUUGUUUGUGGUUUUCCCUUUCCCUGGUACAGGCCCUUGGACAGGAGCCAUAAUUGCUUCUGUUCUCAGACAUGCCAUUCUGGUCUGCUGUCUCAGCAAACUUUUUUGGCGUUGUCCUGACUGGCUUUUUGGUUUGCUGAUGAAUCUUGGCCUCAAGUAUGUUGUACUUAAUGAUGAGGGACUCUGGCAUCUGCUAUGUUUAUCGGAUGCCUGCCAUACCUAAUAACAGUGGUGAAAGGAUUAUCAUGUGCAGGCUUAUAGACACCUUGAGUACCAAAACACAAGGAGAAGUCAUCUGCUGGGGUUCAACACAACCGGCCUGCACACACACUUGGUGAAUCGAUGUGCGGAAACUCUUCCACAUGCCACGCCAUGGAUCUCUCGGAAACGUGUAUCUGAAUCAACAGACCUCGAUUUGCAAGGAGGUAAAUUUUUUGGUUACAACAGACCUCCUUGCAAAUCUAAUAUCUCAUGCAAUUUUAAAUUUUGGAUUGAAAAGCAGUGUUCAUUGGUAGUGAAGCAGUUACGCUAUAUUAACGGGAUCCUUUCUUUGGUGAGAAUUUCUUCAGUUUCUGAUUUAUGAUGCUAAGGAAUUAAGCGAUAUGCUGUUAUUGUGUGAUCGUGAUCGUUUUCUUGAUCGAUCGGCUUCAGCCUUCCUGCCUAUUCAAAUUUCAAACCCAAAAUUCUCACCAAUAUACACGCACAAUCAGUAUCUCUUAUUUCAACUACUUAAAAAUCGAGUCGCUGAUUUUUAUAGUACUCUCUGUAUUGCUUCUUUGCUACCUCCAUGUAAAGGUAUGUUUUGUGUAUUUAUUAAUUUUUUUGUGUUUUGUUGACGUUAUAUACGGUUGAUAUGUUAUUUGUUUGUUAUGCAUAUGUUUGUAGGAAACUGUUUACCUUAAUAUGACGGAAUACGGCUAGACAAAUCUAUUGAUAUAAGAUUUACGCAUUUUUGUGAUUCAUCCUGUUUGAUAUUGAUUUCAGAAAUAAAUUACUCGCAGACCAUUGUCUCCUUCAGUCAAGAGUUCCUCUUGGCCUGUUGUUUCCUUCAACAAAUAAUGGCCGGUAGAUUCUUUCACACCCAUGUUACCAAUCUUGCAGUUUUGUGCAGUUUGUGAUGUGUUAAAGAUGAUGAUAUGAUUCAAGACAAUUUCAUUAACUAUAGAGCGCUUUCUUGCAAAUAGUUUUGGGAUUCGCAUACAAGAAUGGACAGCGGGUUUACAAGAGGAAGAUAUGGCUGCUUGAGGAAGACAUGCCUGGCUUCAAGAGGGAGCUUAAUUUUAAUUAUUUGCCCAAUACUAGAGAUCUUACAGUAGGAUUCAUCCAGGGAAGUAUUUGCUCAAGUUUCAACCUUUAGAUGCCGGAAAAUGGAAACGAUAAGAGAUGGAGUGAGAAAUGGUAAGAGAUAGAGCUAAUCAGGAGAUUGCAAAGCAACACAAGUUGGGAAAACCAAAGCUUCCACCUCUGGAUCCCCCGGGAAGUCUUGAUGGUGUGGAAAUGUUUGGUUUGACUUUGCCAACUAUUGUGCAGUUUUACGUCUUGGAACUCCAACUCCCACCAAUAUUUCUUGCCAAAUGCCAUUACAUUCUACCCAAGCAACAGUUGAAAUACAUUUUUUUUUUUUUAUCUCAGGUUCCAAUAAUCCAAAUCGCUCUGAAGUCAAUCAUCCAGUCCAUGGGUUUCAGACAUCAACUCAAACCUCAUGUUCCAAUACUACACCUGGUACUUGGUCUCAAAUCACUAAUCGAAGUCAUGGAGUCAGGAAUUCAACUCAGACAGAAGGCGACUUUUAUCAGGCUGAAACUAUUGAGAAAAAUACUGUCUUAGAGAUUUAUUAUGUGAACUGGAAUCCAUAAACAUGGUUAUUACUACUUCUUCUGCUCAGGCCUACCGGUCUUGGUGGUAGUCAAGGAUAUCUGACACCAUCAUAGAGGCGGCUGUAUGGCAUUGAUCUUUCUGAGUGCAGUUUCAUCCCAUUGCGGAACCUAAUAAGCUGUAAAAUAUGGCUCAGUGAUAUGGUCAGUAGUUUAGCACAAGCUUAUUCUGCGGACACCUCUGACUCUUCAUAUGAUGCUCCAAACGUGUAUGCACUCAGGUUAGUUUAUGUUGCUAUUGGAGUUGGAGUAGCUGCUUCCAUUACAUGAUCAUCAGUUAUCUGCUUCAAGGGAGAACAAGGAUCCCACUACUGAAAAAUUCUCUAGCCGGCAGAUUCACGGGUUCCAUCUGGAGCAUAGUUUUCCAUAUGAUGAACACAGAGUUUUGAUUAUACAGUUUUCUAACUAAUAAUCAUUUAAAAUUAACUCCUGCCACGAAUGUUGGAGUAUUUCUUCAGAGUAAUUUGAUUGAUGAAAAAGGGAACAAGAACCUCCAAAAACUACCUUUGUAUCUCUUGCCGGACGAGGUUUUAAACGAGAGAGAGCUAAAAGAAGCCAAUUAUCCUGAUCAGAGUAAUUAAAUUUGCGUGGCAAAAGGGCACCAAGAUUACAUGCAUGUCUAGCACACAGGAGAGCGGAUUCUGUGCCGUCACGCAUUUAAUGAAUCAAAAAGGGCUUAUGUGGUGCCACAACGUGUUGAGGAGCUUCUCAAGUGCUUUUUGCCUGAAAGUCCUGAUAAAGCAAGAGAAGAAUUACUUCCUCUUAAGGAUAUCAUCUCGGAGUUGGUAUGUGAGCCUCCCGGCUACUUUGGAGACUUUUUUUAUGGUGUUCCGCCGCUGCCUGCAAACAUCAGGGUCUAAAGAUUUGCAGUUGGCUGUUUUGCUCAUGCGGAUUUAGAAUAUUUACUUGCUUCUGGGGUUUUUGCUUGAUAAUAAAAGCUGUCAUAUAUCUGCAAUAACCAAAUUUAAGUAUUAAAGAAAACUGAUUGCCUAUCGUAACAUAAUUAUGAAGGAUAUCUUGAACAAACAAACCUGUACAUUAUCAGUGCCGAUACAUUUGAAGUUAAGCAUUAGUCUUGAACGAACAAA